AUGGAUUACAAUGAAUUUCGAAAACUCAUAAGUUCUCAUACAUGUAACAACAUUAGGAAUAACACACAAGCAUUAAGAAUACAUAACUGUCCUCUACCGGAUGACGGUAGUUCCCUAAACACAAUGCUGCAGAAAUUAGGAAUUGUUACGUAUCACCAUUUAUUUAUUACGGAUUCGAGCUUGGCUACCAAGCUACUUACAAGGCAGCAAUUCACACUUUUUAUGGAGCUGCAGAAAUUAACACUACAAAUGCAUAAAAUAUCACGUUUACCAAAUGAUUUAUUUGCCGAUACAACAUUAACAAAUUUAACAUAUUUAAAUUUAUACACAAAUGCUUCAGAAAUGCCAAAUAAUUUAUUUAAAAAUUUAAAAAAUCUUGUAAAUUUACAUAUAUGCCACAGUUUAGAAAGUGUUGAUGCAGGCCAGUUUCAUAACCAAACGAAUUUGCCGCAUUUAGCUUUGUUAAAAAAUAAAUUAAAAAGUACUGCCUCCAAUAUAUUUCCAAAUGAUGCCUCAAUACUUCCCUCGGAAACGUUUGCCACUUCAAUCAAUAUAAAUUCAAAUAAAUUUCAAAAUUUUCCCACUACGUUUUUUGAGAAUAAUAUUCAUUUGAAUGAAUUCGUCUUGACUAAGAACCGAGUUGAUUUAUUAGGUCUUCCGGAGAAAUUAUUGGCAAAUAUACUUCAAAUAAAAAAAGUUACAAUAAAAUGUGGCUUGGAAUCCUUGUCCGAUGAUGUAUUUUACAAUUCCACGAAUAUAAGACAAAUUAAUUUAGAUCACAAUAAGUUGGUUAUUCUACCAGAUAAGUUGCUGGAUAGUCAAGUAAAUUUGACACAUUUAGAUUUAUCACACAAUCGUAUAAAAGUUAUACCGCCUGCAUUGUUUGGAAAGACAGUGGAAUUGAAAAUAUUGAAAUUAGCCCACAACCAGUUGCAAACACUUGAAAGAAAUCUCUUCAAAAAAUUGAACAAAUUAGAAUCUCUAGAUUUAAGCCAUAACCAAUUGAAUACACAAAACUUUAAUUUUAAAAUAGAGCUGGAGACAAGCGUUAAUUUACGUUACUUAUAUCUACAUAACAAUUUCAUCUCCGACCUAUCCAUUCUGCAUAACCAACUUCCACAAAAUUUGAAUGUACUGGAUUUGAGUUUUAAUAAAAUUGUUAAAUUAAUAGGAAAAAAUCUGGAACUAUUACAUACAAAUGAUCUAACAUUGAAAUUGAAUCAUAAUCACAUACAAACAAUACAAUUAGAAGACUUUGGUUCAUACAAUCUACUGGAUACACUAAACGUGAAAACGCAUUUAAAUCACAAUCCCCUACAAUGUGAUUGUAAAAUAUUGGAAUCAAUGAAAUAUUUAAAUGGUUCCAUAAGUCAUCUAAAGUUCAUUACAGACAAUUUAACUUGUUUUGGGCCCAGCGAAUUGGAGGGGAAAUAUUUAAAAGAUGUUGGGGAAAUGGAACUGUUAUGUUCGCUUGAGCCGCAAUAUGUUGGAUCCUACAAGUGCCCGAAAGAAUGCGAAUGUUCGAUAAGAUUACAUAAAUCGCUGAUAGUAAAUGGUUCACAUACAAAUUUGAAUAAGGUACCAAUAACGAAGAGUAUAAGAAAAUCCAAUAUCACUGGCAUAGAACUGAUAGUAAAUUGUUCACAUAAAAAUUUGACUAAGGUACCAAUUAUACAGAGUAUAAGAAAAUCCAAUAUCACUGGAAUAGAACUGAAUUUAACAAUGAAUAAAAUUGCUUUCUUACCUUCUUCUCGUAAAGAUGGUUAUGCUGAAUGCACUAAAUUAUUUUUAUCCAAUAAUUAUUUAAAUGAAAUCGAUAAAACCCAAAUACCCUUAAAGUUAACACACUUGGAUUUAAGGCAUAAUCAUUUGCAGUAUUUUGAAAAAGAAACAAUCAGCUUUUUAAAUGGCAGUCGAUUUCUGCAGAAUGUAUAUCUUUCUGGAAAUAAAUGGCUAUGUGACUGUAGUGAUAGAGCGUUAUCCUUAUCAUAUAUAACCCAAAGCAACUAUACAAAAUUUGUUGAUGGCUCUAUAAUGAUAUGCAACAAUUAUACUGCCCUACAAUUAGUCAAAGGGCUGAACGCUUUUUGCUACGAAAAGAAAAUUUUUAAUAUUAUUGCAAUUUGCUUGAGUGUAACCAGCAUCUUUCUAAUAUUGGCUUUAUAUUACAAAUACCAGAACGGAAUUAAAAUUUAUCUAUAUAGCCACAAUAUCUGUCGACACAUUGUUGCUCAAGCUGAUGAUGGUGAUAAUUUAGAAAAGACAUAUGAUGCCUUCAUUUCCUAUUCUCAUAAAGACGAAGAAUUCAUCGCAAAUCAUUUAGUGCCCGAAUUGGAAAAUGGCAAUCCAUCCUAUAAGUUAUGUGUUCAUGUCAGAGAUUUUAUAGUUGGUGAAUAUAUACAGGAUCAAAUUUGUAAGUCAAUUGCAGAUUCCAGGCGUACUAUAGUGGUACUAUCCAAAAAUUUCAUUAAAUCUCAAUGGGCGAACAUGGAAUUUAAAGAGGCUUAUCGUGCCACCUUGACAGAAAGAAGGCAAAAAAUAAUUGUUAUAAUGUAUGAAGAUAUUGGAGAUGUGGAUAAUUUAAAUGAGGAAUUUAAGUCGUACUUGAAAUAUAAUACCUAUUUAAAGUGGGGAGACCCUUGGUUUUGGCAAAAUUUACGAUAUGCCAUGCCUCAUAAAAGAUGA